AUGGGCUCCUCAAACUCCAAACUCAUCCUUCCUCAAAUAUCAGAGCACACUGCAAAAAAUGGCAUGCCUCCCGUGAUCCGCGUCACCCAGAAAAAAUCAUGGAAAGAAAUCAUAUGUUUCCUCAGCGAGCCCGGCGCUGAUCCUUUAUACUGCAUCAACCUCCCCGAUGGUUUGUGGGGAAACAUGACCCUUCAUGACGGACCCGACCCUACGUCUCCCCCUCUCGCCCACGCAGUAGGAGCUGAAGGUGAUCCUACGGCCAACAAAGAGAUCCUGCGCUGGAGGGUCGGAAAGAAGGAGACCUUCUGGUUUGCCAUGGAUGUGGGUCAGGGCGCUGACCGGCGACUGGAGCGUUUCGAAUGGCGACGUUCUCACGGAGAUGAAGUCAAGAGUAUCGGCGAGUCUAGCUGGGGCUGGAAACUUGUUCGGUUGGGAGCCACAAGGGCAGGUGCCGGGAGUCAUGAUGAUAGCGAUCACGGCGAUGUCAAUCACACGACAGGCAGAGCCAGCGAUGGCAAGGAGGUGGUUGCUGUGUGGGCGGACAGUAAAAGCUGGAAGACACUCACCAAGGUGGGCGAGCUUCACCUCUGCGGGAGCGGUUCGACGGGUGAGUUGGGAACGUCCUGGGCGCUGAUGGUUGUCAUGAGUUGCAUGUGCAUCUGGCAGAAGAUGGUGCAGUUAGCCUCUGGUGGGCUUGGCACCAGUACCUACACUCAUCUCCUCAAGAAUGUUCCCGGGAAUAAAGUUAUCUUGAUCAGCCGUUUUCCUGACAAGGUUCCGAACACGUACGUCCAAGACGGAGUCCAAUUGCCGGUAAUAAACGCUGCAGUUCGCGCUGGGGUAAAACACAUAUUCUACAGCUCCCUUGGCUUCGCCGGAAACCUCACGGAUCACUCUUGUGCCGUUGUGAUGCAGGCUCAUCUUGAUUCUGAGCGGCAUCUGGCGAGUCUCGCCGCCUCCCACCUCGGUUUCACCUACACCAGCAUCCGGGAGGGGUUGUACUCGGAGUCCUUUCCCAUAUACACCGCAUUCUUCGAUCUUCAGAACCCGUCGGAUGAGAUACGCAUUCCACAUGACGGCUCAGGGCCGGGAAUCUCUUGGGUGAAGCGUGACGAGCUGGGCGAGGCCACAGCUAAACUGAUCGAGAAAUAUGCGUCGCAGCCGGAAGCAUUUCAAUAUGUGAACAACAAAGUGCUAUUGACCGGAAACAGGGCUUGGUCAUUAACCGACACCGUCAAGUGUCUUGGCCAGGCUAUCGGCAAGGAUGUCAGGAUCAUCAAAGUGGAUGUGGACGAAUACGCUAGCCAACCCCAGGUCGUUGGGCGCUUUGGGUCAGUGGAGAUGGGAAAAUCGUGGGCGACGGCAUGGGAAGCAAUCCGAGAUGGAGAGACAGAAGUUGUGACCCCCACACUAUUGGAAAUACUGGGCAGGGUGCCUGAGGAAUUCGACAAAACGAUCAGGGACUUGGUUACGAAGGCUCAUGAAUGA